GUAUUUUAGGUAAUCAAUCAGCAAAAAGAAAAAAUAAAGUUCGGUCAAUUGGGCAAUGAGAAGGUGCCCUCAAUCCUCCGAUGUACAACGUCAAAAAUACUGGGAUAAGCUCACCAGAAUAUCAGCCUAUAACUUCUUAGACUAGGUACAUUGAGGGAACCAAUUCUUUCCUAAACUUUCCUACUUGUGCAGGAACAAUUAUAAUUGAACUUUAAUAAACUGCGCAUUACCCUUUUCGGUAAUGCGGGAAGCAAUUCGGUGAUGCAAUUGGUUGAAUCGGAUCUCCAGAUAUGAAGCUUCGUCAACUGCCACUAUGGCACCUCGAGAGACAUCUCACCUCCUACACUAAGCCAUGCUCUCCUCAAUUAGCACGACAUUUAUCAACCUCGCCAUCCUCAUCCUCUAUACCAUUAAAACGGUCACCACAUUACAAGGGCCUCCUCACCCGUAAUUCAAAACCCACACGAUCCUACUCAACCGUUUCCGCCUCCAACCUCCUCUUCGGCCAACCAGUCCACGAGACACACCCACACCUCCUCGCACCAGGUGAACUCACACCCGGUAUUUCCGCCCAAGAAUAUCACGAACGCCGCGCAGCCCUCUGCCAUUCCCUCCCACCAAACUCCGCCGUCCUCCUCCCUUCCGCAACGCUCAAAUACCGCUCAGGCGCUGUGUUCCACGCCUUCCGACAAGAAUCGAAUUUCCUCUACCUAACCGGUUUCUCUGAGCCAGACUCCCUCGCAGUCCUCCAACGCACCGGCGACGAACUCGGUGACUACACAUUCCAUCUCUACUGCCGCCCGAAGAACCCCAAAGCCGAGCAAUGGAACGGCCCCUGGAGCGGCGUAGACGCUGCGCGGGAUGUGUGGAACGCAGAUGAAGCAGGAGACAUCGGAAAAGUCGAACUGCUCCUCACGAACGCGCUUAAAGGUGUAAAAACAAUAUUCACAGACGCCGAACUCUCCUACUCCGGCACACCAACAAAACUCGGCAGUCUCCUGCGCACUGCAGUCUCAGACGUCCGAACAUCCCCUUUGAAACCACACAUCAACGUCCUCCGCGCCAUAAAAUCCCCCGCCGAAAUAUCCAACAUGCGCCGCGCAGGCCAAGCCUCCGGCCGCGCGUUAACAGAAGCCAUGCGACGGCCUUGGAAAUACGAAAAAGACCUCGCCACCUUCCUCGAGUACCAAUACCAACUCUCCGGACUCGACGGCUCCGCGUAUAUCCCGGUAGUAGCAGGAGGUCCUAAAGCGUUGCUUAUACACUACGUACUUAAUAAUGGGAUAUUAAAUGAUUCGGAAUUCGUACUUGUGGAUGCGGGGGGUGAGUAUGGGACGUAUAUUACGGAUAUAUCGCGCACGUGGCCGGUAUCCGGACGGUUUACGCCGGCGCAGCGGGAUUUGUAUACGGCGGUGCUUAAAGCGCAACGUUCUUCUGUGUCGUUGUGUCGGGCUAGUACUAAUGUCACGCUGGAUAAACUACACCAGAUCACGGAGAACGCGCUGCGGGAUCAAUUACAAGGGCUUGGUUUCGAUGUAAGUGGGGACGCGAUGAGUGUACUAUUCCCACAUCACGUAGGACACCAUGUUGGGCUCGAUGUACACGACGUGCCCGGCUACCCGAGGAAUGUGCUCCUCAAAGAGGGCCAUUGCAUCACUAUUGAGCCUGGUAUUUAUGUGCCCGAUGAUGAGAGGUGGCCUAAAGCUUUCCGCGGGUUGGGUAUUCGCAUUGAGGAUAGCGUGUGUGUGGGCGAUGAUAAUCCUCUGAUCUUGACUACAGAAGCUGUGAAAGAGGUCGAGGAUAUCGAAGCGUUGAGGAGUUAAAAGCGUAUCAGGGUCUUUGAAGUUGAGUAAUAUUUCUGCCGGAUAAGGUCCAUACUAGAGAGUCUCUACGGAGUUACUCGAUAGAAUAAAAUGUCUAGGAGUAUGAUGACAUUAGGUACUAGAAGGUACCUCAUUCGUACAGUUUAUUGCACGAUCAAACAAUUGGAUAUUAAAAUAUGCAUCGAAGU